AUGUUUAAGAUAUAUGGAUCUAUGAGAUGGCAUCUGCCAGCUGUGGUAAGCGGACAAUCCGUUUUAUUUAGGAAUAGUUCUGUUCUUCUCAAGCAAGCAAAUGUUACACGAUAUAUUGCUACAAAUCGCAGGGUUAAAACUAAAGGUGAGCUAGAGGAAGAAAAUCUUGAACGACAGAUGAAGUCGUCAGACCUUAUUGUACGUUGGGGGGCUAUUGCGCGGUCUGAGAAGUUUAAAAAGGGUAUGACUAAGUACAUGAUUGGAGCCUACCUUAUAUUCUUGCUAUAUGGCUUUCAUUUUAUGAAAAAAGUGUACUAUAAAGAUAAAGAACUAGAAAAUUUGACACAGAAGGCGAAUGCUGGUUGUAUCAAUGAAUAUGAGGCAUUAAGGCUCAAGGAAUUGAGCGGUAAACUAAGGACUAGGGAUAAGUUAAAACUUGAUGAAUACCGUAGAAUGCAAAAGGAAGAUUCAACUUUGGAGAAUUUUGAUGGAAUUUCCUUAGAAAAUAAUGACCAAAACAGAUUAAAUGAGCAUGUUUUACCCCCUCGUGACACCACUGAGUUUUUUGAUGCCAAAGCUGAAACUUACGAUCAAGAUCUUAGUUUUGAAUCAAAAAUUAUAAUGAUGGGUAGACGGCGUAAAUGGUUAACUAGACAUUGUAAAGGAGAUGUUUUGGAAGUUGCUUGCGGUACUGGACUUAACGUUGAGUAUUUGGAUCCGACGAAGAUCAAUUCUAUCACUUUUUUAGACUCAUCAGAAAAGAUGAUGGAGAUCACGAACAAGAAGUUUCGAGAAAGAUUCCCUAAUUUCAAGAAGGCUGCUUUUGUUCUUGGUAAGGCAGAGGAAUUGGUAGAUAUGGCCUCUGUAGACCCAGUUGCCAAAUCGGAUGAUGAAAAUAGUACUAAUUGUAUUGAAAAGGUAUCAAGUGGGAACGCCAGGAUACAUUAUGAUACUAUUAUUCAAUCUUUUGGAUUAUGUUCGCAUUAUGAUCCAGUCAAGGCACUACAAAAUUUUGCCACAUUGUUAAAGCCUGGUGGUAGAAUUGUGUUACUAGAACAUGGUAGGGGAACUUAUGACUUCAUCAACAAGAUUCUAGACGCUAGAGCUGUAAAACGUGUUGAAACAUGGGGUUGUAGAUGGAAUUUGGACAUUGGCGAAAUUCUAGAUGAUUCAGGAUUAGAGAUUGUGGAAGAGAAAAGAACACAUUUAGGCACAACAUGGUGCAUUGUGGCAAAGCGUAAAGGUGAAUCGAAGAGAAAGGAUGAGGUUGGAUUUGUUGAAAAGUAUCUCAGAUCUGGUGUAAGGGCCAGACUAGAUCAAUUUGCUACAGAAGAAGCAGUUGAGAAACCGAAAAAAUGA